GUUCGUGACGUGAGUUAACUCUUUGUAAGUUAAGACAAGAUGACAAACACGGAUAGUAUAGCCGCUGGCGUUGAGAAAAAGGUUUACGAUUUAAUGAUUCAAUGCAAAGGCUCUCGACGUCUGGUUCUGUUGAUUGUAGCGAUUGGUCUACUUCUGGACAACAUGUUACUCACGAGUGUCGUGCCGAUUAUACCGGCAUUUCUAUAUGAACUGCACCACCAAAAGGAUAUGGUUAUCUUGAAUGAGACAUUACGCACAUCGAGUCCAUCCCCAGCACAGUCUUAUAAUAGACAACUGGACGCACGUCUUCGGGAAACAGCAAAUCUGUUACCAUUUAUACCGUCAGCAAAAAGUAGGCAGCAGUCGACAAAUAGGGAUGAAAAAUGCAACAAAGAUGAAGAAGAGUUGUCGACAACGGCUGAACCGCUGACGACAGCAGAGCCUCCGACCACAACCCCUGCCUCACCAGAAGACGCUCUCAGACACGAAGAGUUAGUUAACGAGAACUUUGAGGUCGGCAUUAUGUUUGCAUCGAAGCCUAUAGUUCAGGCCAUAACCAACCCUUUUGUGGGUCCGCUCACCAACAAAAUAGGUUACAGUUGGCCACUAUUUUUUGGACUCAUUCUUCUAUUUUUUUCUACAAUGAUAUUUGCAAUCGGCUCAACCUUUCCAACCCUAUUCCUGGCGCGCUCUAUGCAAGGCAUCGGAUCUGCGUUCACAAGUGUGGCCGGAAUGGGAAUGUUAGCCGAAAUAUAUCCCGAUGACCGGGAAAGAGGCAAUAGUAUGGCAAUAGCUUUGGGAGGAUUGGCAUUAGGUGUACUAAUUGGCCCACCAUUUGGGGGCGUAAUGUAUGAGUUCGUCGGCUUGCAAUUACUUGUAUUGCAACCCAAAGUGUCCAAAGAGCAGGAGGAGGGUGCUUCAUUAAUCACCCUGAUCAAAGAUCCGUAUAUUCUGAUAGCUGCCGGUGCCAUCACUUUUGCCAACUUAGGCAUAGCAGUGCUCGAGCCAUCGUUGCCAUUGUUUAUGAUGGACACAAUGAAGUCGACCAAUUGGGAACAGGGGGCAGCGUUCCUGCCCGCGUCCAUCUCAUAUCUCAUCGGAACCAAUAUAUUUGGCCCUUUGGGUCAUCGUAUGGGACGAUGGUUGGCAUCAAUGGUGGGUUUAAUCAUACCAAUGAUAUCGAGUCUAAACCAAUUGAUUAUUCCCAACGGAAUGAUUGGCUUUGCAAUUGGAAUGGUGGACAGCUCUAUGAUGCCAAUGCUCGGUAGUGUGUAUGCAAUCGGAGACGUGGCGUUUUGUCUGGGCUUUGCCAUCGGACCCGCACUCUCCGGAACAUUAGUGCGAUGGUUUGGGUUCAGUGGUCUGUGCACAACGGCAGCGCUCGCCUGCUUUCUAUUCGCUCCGUUCAUGUAUUUCUUGAAGAAACCUCCGGGACGUCAAGAAAACCAGACAUUACUCAACGAAUCGGCCGUUAAAUACGUUAAUUACACGAAUGAAGAGUCACCCGAAGACGACACCGAUCUCAAGAGGAAUAUAUCGAAGAGUGUUAACCAUAAUUGGGUG